UCCACUCUCUUCCUCCUCUUCGCCUUUCCCAUUCGGACUGUUGUCUCACUCUUCUGCAGCAAAACCCUGUAAAACCUAGCAAUGGCUGUCACACCACUUUCUGAGCGUCCAGAAAUCCAGAGGCUUCCCCAAUAUAAAUACGUCGACGCAGUUCGUUGGCUUCCACCGCUAUCACCAUUCGAUCGAUUUGCGGUUCUUGCUUCAUUUGAUUCUGAUUCCGAUGCUUCUUCCAUCGAAAUUCACUCUUUUAAGCCUAAUCCAGCAGCCUUAGAACCUCAUUCUUCAUGGGUUUCACCUUCCAGAGUCUCCUCCCUCAAAACCUCACAGUUCCUUCAGAAAACCUUCAUUGCUGCCUCAACUUUUGCUGGCUCUCUGCACUUCCUUUUCUCUAAUUCCACUGACGCGUCUCUGGAAUCAGAAGUUUCAGUGCCGGAGAAUGAACUGCAUCGGGGACCAAUUUCAUCCAUUGAUCUAAUGGAUGGUGGAGCCCAGUGUGUGAGUGUUGCGGAAGAUGGGAGGGUCAAUUUGGUCACUGUUGGGAAUUCAAAUUUAAGUUAUAAUCGGGUUUUUGAUAGCAGUGGCCUGGUGUCCUACACGACAGCUAAGUGGGCGUCGCCGGUGGAGUUUGCCACCGGUGGAUAUGGAUUUAGUCUACAUUGGUGGGACCAGAGAAAACCCGGCGGACCAGUUUCACAGUUUAAGGGUGACUGGGAUCAAAAAAUGACUGCUGGGAUUGUGCACUCUAUUGACAUUCAUCCAUCACGAAAGCACACUUGUCUAGCAGGUGGUUCCGUGGGUACUCUUUUUGCCUGGGAUCUUAGGUGGCAGCAACAGCCUAUUAUUCUUUCAAGGGCAGGGGCAGCAGUCGGCAACAACGAAGUCCAGUCAGUGUCUGAUAGUGAGGUUUGGGAGGUUCAGUAUGAUCGUAGCACAAAGUCUAACAUGUCAUCUACCCGGAUCUUACCCGCCAUGAUCUGCUCAGAGGAUGGAAUCCUUGCUGUCAUCAAGCAAGGUGAGGAACCUCAGGAACUGCUAGCAGAACCCUGUUCAAUUAAUUGCUUUGAUAUUGACCAACAUUAUCCAUCGGAUGUGAUAUGUGGUUUGGAGUGGGAAGCAAUAGCCAUAUUGACAAAACAAUAAUGCGUAAAUUUCCAAUCUUUAAUGGCUCAUAGUUCUGAUUGGAAUCUGUUGUACAAUGCCAGGGUAAGUUUUCCCUGGAAAAAAAAGAAGAAGGAAGUUUUCUUGAAUUUAUUGGAUGGAAAUGAAGCUUAUCCCGCAUGACUCUGCUGCAAUGUUCAGUUCAUUUAGCAUUUGUAUGGAAAUAGGUUUCUAUAUCCUUUUUUCCAUUUCUACAGUAUACAGAGAAGUUGAGUUAUGAGGACUUUUUGGGUCCAAAAAAUUUGUGGAUUUUAUGGGAAAACAUUGCAUCAUGGGAAGAAAUAUGAAAGUUGCAAGUACCCGCUAGCAAUUAAAAUGAAUUCAAAUA